AUGGACGAGGCUACGUUGAAGUCACUCUCAGCAAGGAUGAAGCGGCGCGCACACCUUGACCACAACUCCCGUCUUGGCUUCUCUGCGAGACAGAAAACCACAGCCCACUACACUCUGUUGAUCCGCGCCAUGAGAAACGUCCUUUCUAGUAAGCUAGCUCAGUUCACCUACGCUCAAAUUAUCGACGGUCUUCCCAUUGAAGACGUAGCCUGGGACCAACGCAUCCCCGCCGUCUGUGGCAACCACCCCAUUGAGCACCACCCUGAACUCUGCCCCGGUGCUCUAGAGUUUGCCCUUGAGUAUAAGGACAAGCUUGACUUUAAGCUCCUGUCUUUUCCCCGUGAGUUGACAACCAAGUACGUCCAAUCCACGCCUGAUAGCAAGGUUUUCAACACUCGCCUCAUUGAGCUCGUUGCUAUGGCUUUGAAUGAAAUAGGGGUUCUUCUGUUCGAUGUUGGUAUCGAAGUUCACCAGGGAACGGGAGAUCGUUCCAUCGAGGCGAUUACCCACUGGAAGCAAGACCCGGAUGAUGAGACGCCUCCUACUACGUUUCACCACCCUUACUAUUUACAUGGUGAUAUUUACCCCUUGGGGGUGUCAAACCUGGUUGGUUACUGGGCUGAGGACAGGAUUUUGGGAGGUGUGGUGACUUUUGAUAGGAAGGCUGAAGAACAGAAUCUUGCUCAGCCGCCGAACGUCUACAUUGUUCCUAGCCGGGCGGGGACUACGCCUAGGUACUGGCAGCUGUUGGAUAGUCAACAGGAAGGGUUGGUUGAUUUUUUCUUGAAGGAGGAUGAUGCUGGGGAGGGUCCGCUUCCGCUGAUGUGUACGGAGGAGAACAAGGUUAGGAUUGAUGAAAGGUUUGCGGUUGUGCUGAGGGGGGGGUAUAGGGAUGUUUGGGAACGGUUGCCGCCGUCGGAAGAGCAUAUGAGGCAUAUGGAUUGGAGGCCUAGGAGGGAGGGGGAUUGCCCGAGGAUGGAACGGUGUAUUUGA